UAACACCCUGUCAAACGCCAUAUUCCACGUUAUUUCCGGUUGAGAGACUCAGGAGUUUGACAGUAUGGCUGCGUACUCUGAAUUGGGAGUGAUGGCUGAAAUUGCUCAGGCAGUGGAAGAAAUGGACUGGCUGCUGCCAACGGACAUUCAGGCCGAAUCUAUCCCACUGAUCCUGGGUGGAGGUGACGUGCUUAUGGCAGCUGAGACUGGAAGUGGAAAAACUGGAGCCUUUAGUAUUCCACUCAUCCAAAUAGUUUAUGAGACCCUUAAAGACCUCCAGGAGGGAAAGAAGGGACGAGGUGCUGUAAAGACAGGAGGAGCAGUGUUCAAUAAAUGGCAGAUGAACCCUUAUGACCGAAGUCCUGCAUUUGCUAUUGGUCCUGAUGGCAUGUGUUGCCAGAGCAGAGAAUUUAAAGAGUGGCAUGGCUGCCGUUCCACCAAAGCGGUCAGAAAAGGGAAAUAUUAUUAUGAGGUGACCUGUCACGAUCAAGGGUUGUGCAGGGUGGGCUGGUCCACUGGCCAAGCAUCACUAGACUUGGGGACGGACAAGGAUGGAUUUGGGUUUGGGGGAACUGGGAAGAAAUCUCACAAUAAGCAGUUUGAUAGUUAUGGAGAGGAGUUCACUAUGCAUGACGUCGUCGGUUGCUACAUAGAUAUGGACAAAGGUCAAUUGUCAUUUUCCAAAAAUGGUACUGAUCUGGGUCUGGCAUUUGAGAUCCCCCCACCGUUAAAAACUCAGCCCUUCUUUGCUUCCUGUGUUUUAAAGAACGCUGAACUUAAAUUCAACUUCGGUAAUGAACCUUUCAAAAACCAACCUAAAGAAGGCUUUAUUGCCCUGAGCCAGGCUCCAGAUGGUCAUGUGGUCAAAUCCUCCCAGACAGGCAGCGCUAAAGUGAGCGAGGUCAAAUCCGGUUCCAACGCCCCUCGAGCUCUGAUCAUUGAACCGUCUAAAGAGCUGGCUGAACAAACUCUCAACAAUGUCAACCAGUUUAAGAAAUAUGUUGAGAACCCAAAACUAAGGGAUCUUCUCAUUAUUGGAGGAGUGGCUGCUAAAGAUCAGCUCUCCGUUUUAGAAAGUGGGGUUGAUAUUGUAGUUGGGACUCCUGGCAGACUGGAUGAUCUCAUAUCCACAAAGAAACUGGAUUUAUCCCAAGUCCGCUUCCUGGUGCUGGAUGAGUGUGAUGGACUCCUCACAGCUGGUUACACUGACUUCAUUAUGAGGGUCUACAAUCAGAUCCCCCAGGUCACCUCAGAUGGCAAGAGACUACAGGUGAUCGUUUGCUCUGCCACGCUGCACUCGUUCGAAGUAAAGAAGCUCUCAGAGAAGAUCAUGCAUUUCCCUACAUGGGUGGAUCUGAAAGGAGAAGAUUCUGUGCCGGAAACCGUCCAUCAUGUGGUGGUGCCAGUCAAACCCAAAAUCGACAAGCUGUGGGAGAAACCGGGCAAGAACCACAUCAGGACUGAUGAAGUUCAUGCCAAAGAUGACACACGACCUGGAGCCAACAGCCCAGAGAUGUGGUCAGAGGCCAUCAAGGUUCUGAAAGGAGAAUAUACGCUGAGAGCCAUCAAAGAGCAUAACAUGGAUCAGGCCAUCAUCUUCUGCAGGACAAAGAUCGACUGUGACAAUAUGGAGGAGUACUUUAUCAAACACGGAGGAGGCCCAGACAAGAAAGGACACCAGCUCUCUUGUGUCUGUCUUCACGGUGACAGGAAACCAAAUGAGCGCAAAAACAACUUGGAGAUAUUCAAGAAACAGGAAGUGAAGUUUCUGAUUUGUACCGAUGUGGCUGCUAGAGGAAUAGAUAUCCGCGGUGUUCCGUACGUGAUAAAUGUGACUCUACCAGAUGAAAAGCAAAACUACGUUCAUCGCAUUGGAAGAGUCGGCAGAGCAGACAGGAUGGGUCUGGCUAUUUCACUGGUUGCUAUGGAUAAGGAGAAGGUGUGGUAUCACAGUUGUCCCAGCAGAGGAAAAAGCUGCAAUAAUACCAGACUCAAGGAAAACGGAGGAUGCACGAUCUGGUAUAAUGAAAAAGAGUUGUUGUCUGAAAUAGAGGAACAUCUAAAAUGCACUAUAACUCAGUGUGAACCUGACAUCAAAGUACCUGUCGAUGAGUUUGAUGGAAAAGUGACUUACGGCCAGCGCAGGGCCACAGGGGGUGGCCUUUAUAAGGGCCAUGUGGAUAUAUUGGCCCCAACUGUACGAGAACUAGCCAACCUGGAGAGAGAGGCACAGACAUCCUUCCUGAAACUCUGCUAUCUACCCAACCAGCUCUUCAAAGCCUUCUAAAGCUACCGGCACGCAAACUAGCACUUAUUCAUCAUUCAACUAAAUAAGGACAUGUAAAUGUAAAAACACGUAUCGCUAACCUUAUAAAAAUUCAUUUCAUUUUGUUUCGCAUGGUUUGACAUGCAAAGAAAAUUUGAUGUUAUAAAUAAGAUAUGUAUGGAAAAAAGUAUUUUUUUGUUUUCAAAGCAUUUGAGUCAUCCUUAAAUACAUUUAAAUGGCAAAA